AUCGAUCAUUAGCAUACGCUUGUGAGAAGCCCACGCCGCAUAGUUGGUGUUCCGGAUACAAUGGCACACGCGGCAUGGUCGAACUUCGGUGAUCGAUAGCAGCUACUGGGCGAUGUCUUCCAACCGCAGGCUAUGGAGGGGUCGCCACUUAGCUACCUUGACGCUGCAAGUAGCUUGCCACUGUGGAGCAUCUGUUGGUGGCAACGACAAGGCCCAGAGACCAUUCACGAUCUCCGCACGGCACCUCUGCAAUUCGUUCAGUAGUGACUGCCGCCGGGGGACCUUCAGCUCGUCAAGCACUGGCAAUGGGCCGUCUGGAUGCCUCAAUCCCUCGUCUACUUUACUACUGCACUUCCCAUCACCUGCUCAGUCGGUGGCAAUCGCUGCUGAAGCUCGAGAUUCCCUCGACAUUGACAGACAACUCCACUCGCUUCUUAUCAUGGCUACAAACCGAUGCAUCUAGCCAGUCCUCCACGGAGGGGACAACCAGCAGCAGGCCUGUCCGAACCCGAUUAGCUCUGGAACAAAGAGUACCGGCGUAGCUGAUCUCAACAUAGCUGCAGAUUCUCAACCGCGAGAUUCGCAGGAUACCUUGUGGGAGACUUGGAGCAACAAUGGCCUUCGGCGCU